UCUUCUUUUCAGUCUUGUUGCAUUGCAUCGUAUAACACCAGAGAUGAGCUCCCAAAUCUGCAGAGCAGCUUCUAGGGCAGCAAGGUCUCUUCUUUCUUCAUCUAAGACCACUCGUUUCUUCUCCGAAGGCAGAGCCACUGGUGCUGCAACAGUGGUGUAUGCGUCUGGAAAAGUUCCUCAGUAUGCAUCCAACUUCAGACAAUCAGGUUCUGGCUUCGCCUCUAAGAGCUGGAUCACCGGUCUCCUCGCUCUUCCUACCGCAGCCUUCAUGCUACAAGAUCAGGAAGUCCAUGCUGCUGAGAUGGAACGCACUUUCAUCGCUAUCAAACCUGAUGGAGUGCAGCGAGGACUGAUAUCAGAAAUCAUUACCCGGUUCGAACGCAAAGGAUUCAAGCUUGUUGGUAUCAAAAUCAUGGUUCCUUCGAACGGUUUCGCGCAGAAGCAUUACCACGGUCUAAAGGAAAGACCUUUCGUCAACGGCUUGUGUAACUUCCUUAGCUCAGGCCCUGUUGUUGCCAUGGUAUGGGAAGGUGAAGGAGUGGUAAGAUACGGACGUAAAAUGAUUGGAGCCACUGAUCCUCAAAAAUCUGAACCUGGAACAAUCCGAGGCGAUCUUGCAGUUGUUCUUGGAAGGAACGUUAUCCAUGGAAGUGACGGAGCAGAGACAGCUAAAGAGGAGAUUAGUCUGUGGUUUAACCCUGAAGAACUCGUUUCUUACACCAGCAAUGCUGAGAAGUGGAUCUACGGCCAGAACUAAAACUAAUCACCUCCCUCUCUCUUUUUGUGCCGUUAGAUCAAAAUCCAAAAUCUCAACAUAAAUAAAUAAUUACUGUGUUAAUCAUUUGUAAGUAGCAAUAAAAACGAUAAUCACCGUUUGACUGUGUUAAAUGGUGUGCAAAAUUAUGCACCUUAACACAACUCACUUAUCAAUGUUUGAUUACCGGGGAAAUAAUAAAGUUCGUUUUAUUUACAUACGAACCAAUAAUAUAAUGCCA